AUAUUAUUAUAAAAAAAGAAUAUUGUUAUAUUAACAAUCAAUAUGAUAAGAGAAUAAUAGCGAUUAACGAGGCUAAUUAAAUGCGUUGCAUUUAUCAGUCUAUUCUUUUUUAAUGUGGCUGACAAAACUGCAUAACACUACGAGCAAGUUACACAACGUGAUAAAUGAUAGACAAAGAAUUUGCAAAUAAGUGAGACGGAUCCCCUCUUCUUGGCUCGUAAGAAAAUCUUGAAAUUCUCGCCGGAUUUAUUCGCAUACUAAACAGAUGAGUCAGACGUUGUUUGCAAUUUUCGCACGCGGUCGGACAAUUAACACAUUGCAUCUCUUAUAAUUCAAAAAUUUUUUAUAGUACAUUUUGUGCUGAACUAGGUGCUGUGUCUUAAACUUAAAAAAAAUUCGUCCUCAAAAUAGCCUCGAAUAAUUCGGAAAAAUUUACAAGCUCAUAAAUGAAACGAAACCGCAAAGAUUGUCUCUGGCAAUUUGUCCUGACGCAGAUCUCCGCGAGCGUCGCGACGCUCGGCAAAGUUAUUUUGAAAAUAGUGGGGCAUCGCUCUAUUUCGGUCGUGCUAGCCAGGGCCAUUUAGUCUACGGCCUGGCUUUCUUACUAGGAAGCUGCGGAUCUGAAAAAUUCAACCCAGCCUCUUUCUAGUGCCUCUUCUCUGAUUGAAAAUCUGGUUGGAAAACAGAUGAUGGUCACGAAAAUGAUAAAUGCGAAAGAGAAAGAGAGAAAGAAUUUUGUCUACGAAUGAGUCAAUCAGCGCAGAGCACUUUAGGUUGAGACAAGUGUAAACGUAAAAGCCAGGGCUGGCUAUUAUUAUUGCUUCCGGGAUAAAUUCAGAUGUAACGCGAAUUCGAUGAUUCUCGAUUACUGAGAAACAUCCACUUAAUUUCACGUCAACAUAUGAAAGUGUGACAACAUGUUAUAAUUUAAUGACUAAUUGUGAAACGUAAUCACAGUGCGUGAGAAUAGAUGCAGUCGCGAAAAUUAUUUGAAUUUUGUCAUUGAACAGCAUGUCGAAUGAUGUAAUGCAACGGCACAAACUGUGUAAGCUUGUUUAAUAUUAUUACAUAUGUAAAAUAAUAUGUUUAUCGAAUCUACAUACACACUGUAUAGAGAUAUUUAUCAACCAUACGUUAUAUACAUACAUGCAUACAUACGUGUGUGUAUGUGUGCGUAUAUACAUAUAUUACCUAACAACAAAUGACAAGUUAGAAAAGAAAAAUUUGCACUCGAGAAACGACAGUAAUUCUCAUCUCCGUAGGUGAUUAAAAUCCUGAAAGAUUUUAAAGCAACUUGAAGAUAUAUCUGCUUAGUAAUUAUUGUGAUAGAACAAACAUGUUUUGGAAGGAUAUGGUCGAACCUGACGAAGAGGAGGAGGCACUGCUAUGCAGUCCUGCUCUGAUGGCUAGACGAGCCUCAGAGUCCUGGAUUGUUGCACCUCCCGUAGAGGCGAUGCCGACAACGGCAAUGCCCCUGCAACGAAAAAAGUCACUGCCGGACGUGGCGCAACCGAUCCAGCUCACAGCCACAGCGCCAUUGUCGAGGGAAGAAGUCAGUAUCUUGAGCAGUCUGAGGAGAGAGGAGAUUCGCAGACAGAUCGACGAAAGUGAGAGGCUCAGGGCCAAUCCGCUUUUAUAUCUAGUCAGUCCUCAGGUUAAAGACUGGUUCUCUCGACAACAACUCGUGAUGCUAGUACUCUUUAUCAACAUAUCCCUAGCCUUGAUGUUCUUCAAACUGCUGACGUAGCAGCCAGCCGAUGAUCGGGUUCACGGAUUCGUGGUGGACGUGACCUGAAACCGGCGACAUUGCGAUCAUCUUGGAUCGCCAUCGAGCCAAAAUUUCGACAAAGAACGCGACACGGAGGGUUAUGGCCAAUCGCACUAAGAAUCGCUGGAAACGACUUUCAUGAGCAACUUGCUCGGUCGCUUGCGCUUCGCGAGCAAUUUGCGACAAAGGAAUAUUUGAAUCGAUCGAUACGAACGGAAAACUCAAGAAUUACUUCAGCGAGGAUUUUUGAGGCGAUCAUAUUCAAAUUUCGAACGAUCGCUAAUUAGACGAAAAAAUAAAUAAAUAAAGAGAGCAACGAGAGCGAACAUCCUUUUGAGAUAUCGCGGGGACCUACGGAUUUACUUUCAAAAUGUUGUAAAGUAAACAGGGUUUAAGCGCGUCGAAAAGAAAAAUAAAUAAGCAAAGAGCAAUGUAUAGUUUAAGGAGAGUUUAAAUGACAAUGCACUUGCAAGAAACUUACAUAACAUACACUGGAAAUAGAAUUUCAUAUUCUGCCUACGAUAGUCUUGCAUUUCCGGUUUGAAAAUUUGGCGCAUAAAUCCUUUUUAAUUGGCACGUUGUUACUCGAGAGAAGAAACAUUUUUGAGAAAAAAAAAACGAUGAAACUCCGAAUUUGUUAUUAACGCGAGAAGGAGACAUCGAAAACACAAAAAUCAUCUUUUGGAAACUGACGAAGAGUGCACAAAUCCCACGUACUCUCACACAACGCCCGUGUAUUAUAUAUCCUAUAUUUUUACACCAAAUACUUUAAUAAUUGUAUAAUACACUACUUGUAAGAGUAGAUCAAAUCCUACUUUGAAUGGAUCGAUAUUGUGCCCGAUAUACACGCGAUAUGCGUACACAAAUACAAAUCCUUCUUCGUAAUCUUUUCUUUUUUGACGAUCGGCUCGAGCGCAGUAAUAGCGAUGAUAUAUAUAUAUAUAUAUAUAUAUAUAUAUAUAUAUAUAUAUAUAUAUAUAUAUAUGUUGAAUUGUAUUUAUUCGGGAAUUUUUCAACAAGUUAGCCACUUGUCUGAGAAUUCACCGAUUAUUUCUUCUCUUUCUAAGUCGAUUUUUAAUUAAUAUACAACUGGCACUAUUCAAUUUAAAGCAGCAUUAAAGACUUAGAGCAUAUAGACAUGGAGAGAGAAUAGGAUAUACUUUCUGAAAAAUAAAAGUAUCCUUAUAUAAUGGAAGGGGAAAGGGACCCGCAGUUUCAAAAUAAGACAACAAACUAUGGUUCUGUCUCAUUUUAUUGUUCUUCCUCGAAAUACGUAUAAACCGAAGCGAGAUUGUAUUUGUUAUAGGUUGUAUACGUGCAUUGUAGUGUGCAUUUUCAUCUAUACACGUGCAUGGAUGUGUGUCGAGUUAGGUUAAAGCGGGGAGCACACACUUUUGCAUAGGCGCAUAAGCGUAAGCAUAAUA